AACCUACUGAUGAUACACCUUUGAUCAAUAGGUUUUAGACAAAAGUGGUUUUUGAGUCCAAAGAUCAGGGCUGGGUUGACCUACAGACUGAAUCCAGGGCAUAUAAAACAGGGGCAAGGCACAAGCUGAUAGCAGAGCAAUCGCUCCCCAGCCUGGACUCACCGCGUGAACUCUGCUGGCAGCUUCCUGAGGUACCAAGGCAGCGAGGAUGGAGGACGGGAUGAACGUUCUCCACGACUUUGGGAUCCGGUCGACUCGCUACCUCCAGAUGAACUACAAAGACUCCCAGGACUGGUUCAUCUUAGUGUCUGUGAUCGCUGACCUCAGGAACGCCUUCUAUGUUCUCUUUCCCAUCUGGUUCCAUCUGCAGGACACCGUGGGCAUCAACCUCCUCUGGGUGGCCGUGGUUGGGGACUGGUUCAACCUCGUCUUUAAAUGGACUCUUUUUGGACAGCGCCCCUAUUGGUGGGUCCUGGACACUGAUUACUACAGCAACACCUCCGUGCCUCUGAUAAAGCAGUUCCCUGUCACCUGUGAGACUGGACCAGGAAGUCCUUCCGGCCAUGCUAUGGGCACAGCAGGUGUAUACUAUGUGAUGGUCACUUCUACCCUCGCUAUGUUUCGUGGCAAGAAAAGGCCAACUUAUGGAUUCCGGUGUCUGAACAUCGUCCUGUGGUUGGGAUACUGGGCUGUCCAGCUGAAUGUCUGUCUGUCCCGGAUCUACCUUGCGGCUCAUUUUCCCCACCAGGUUGUGGCUGGAGUCUUGUCAGGCAUCGCUGUGGCUGAAACUUUCCGCCGCAUCCGGGGCAUCUACAAUGCCAGCCUCAAGAAGUACUGUCUCAUCACCUUCUUCCUGUUCGGUUUCGCACUCGGAUUUUACCUGCUGCUAAAAGGACUAGGGGUGGACCUCCUGUGGACUUUGGAGAAAGCCAAGAGAUGGUGUGAACGGCCGGAGUGGGUCCACCUCGACACCACACCCUUUGCCAGCCUCUUCAAAAACCUGGGGACUCUCUUGGGGUUGGGGCUGGCCCUCAACUCCAGCAUGUACCGGCAGAGCCGCAAGGGAGAACUCAGGAAGUCUCUCCCCUUCCGCCUAGCCUGCAUCGGGACCUCCUUGGUCUUUCUGCACCUCUUUGACUCUUUGAAACCUCCACCCCAGAACGAGUCGGUCUUCUACGUCUUGUCUUUCUGCAAGAGUGCGACGGUCCCCUUUGCAUCUGUCAGUCUUAUCCCCUACUGCCUAUCCCGAGUCCUGGGCCAGACACACAAGAAGUCUUUGUAAGGCACGUGGGGAUCCUUGGUAUUUAAAGUCAAUGACCUGUGCAAAGGACUGCGGGCAGCCAAAGCCUUCUGCAACCCACUGCGGGAGCCAGAGGUGCUCCCAUCAGCCCCGGUAACUCCUCGGUGUCUUUCUUUGCUAUCUUAAACCAAAAAGGUGAAUUUUAUAAAGCGAACAGGGCUGUUUGAGGAAAUGUUGAGAGGUAGAAGUUGGGUCAUUCUGGAUGUUUCCCUUGAAGACCCACUUACCAUUCUCCUGUCAGAUAUAGAAGAACAAGCCCAGGCCAGAGGUUCUGACUGGGAACUUGCUCCCGGUAUGGAAUCCUCCCAGCUGGAACAAGGGAAAGACCACAGGGCGCAGGACCAGGAGGCGGGGUGGUGUCUCCUGUGCCGAGCAGACCAUGUGCCAGUUAGAGGGGGGUAAUCCUUGCUUCUGCCUUUUCUCUACUGUACAGAAAAGUCACACUGUGCGCUUGUGUCACUGAACGGCCACGGCGACUGUGUCACUGCACAUUCGGAGCGUUCAGGCAUCAUCGACUGCCCUACCACAUCCUCAGCCUCUUCCUCAGCCUAGGUCUGCGGUCCCUAGACCUCUCCAUUGGUCCCCUGACUCGGCUGGGGGACCCUCGGGUGUCCAGCGGGCAACUGUUUGAUGGUGCUUUUGUAGGAUUAAAUUAAACUCUGAAAUCUUGGGCGAAAUGGCAAGGGGAGAGCCAGGGUUCCUCUCCCCCUAAGGUCACUCCGAUGCUACUUUUGGUUCCUGGAGCAGACAUAUGACUCCUUUCUGUAGCCCAAGCCAGCCAAGAACUCAUUCUUAGAGGAAAAGGCAGCUCCUCCCUGCCUGUUCUCCAGCCUGGGUGGAUUUGCAGAGUAUGUCUGCAGAAAGAAAAGAUGCUGAGCUAUUUAUUCAAAAUCCCUGUUUUUGCUACAAAUUCUGCAUGUAUUCCUACCCACGCCAAAUACCUUGUUCUUAACAUCUUUGAAAAGAAAUCUACAUGUGUGCAGUAUUUUAUUAAAAUAACAUUUUAUUUAAGA